AUGGAGAGUCCACGAAUACUGUUAUUGUUCAGUGGUAAAAGAAAAAGUGGCAAGGACUUUCUCACUGAGAAUCUGCUUAAGAUGCUUUCUGCCUUCACCUUCAUUCACAAUUUGAAUUUCAGAUUAGGCACGGAAAAAUGCGAAAUUGUUCGAAUCUCUGAACCAAUAAAAUCCUUCUGGGCCAAAGACAAGAACCUAAACCUCAAAGAGCUCCUAAGCGAUGGUCCAUACAAAGAACUCCACCGUAAGGAAAUGAUUGUUUGGAGUGAAGAACAACGAGCGAAGGAUUAUGGGAUCUUCUGUCGAAAAGCCAUGCAACAAGUCACAAAACCUAUUUGUAUCGUUAGCGACAUCCGAAGGAAAACCGAUAUCCUUUGGUUCCAAGAAAAUUAUCCUUCACAGAUGCUUAGAGUUCGGGUUGAGUGCUCAGAUAGCACAAGAACUUCCCGAGGCUGGAAGUUCCAGUCGGGAAUUGAUGAUGCAGAAUCUGAGUGCGACCUAGACAACUAUUCCAAAUGGGAUCAUAUAAUAAACAAUGAUCAAGCUGGGAAGAGCGUCGAAGAAAUCCUAUCUCCUCUCCUACAAUCAACAGAUUUUUGACAAGUAUGAUAAAUUACAACACAAAAAUGUGAGCGGUAUUUAAAAAAAAAUCAAAUUUGUACAUGUAAAAAUAGGUAAAACAACGAUAUGGUUAGCAAAAUAAUAACUUAAUAAGGUAGUGAUAAACAAGUGAGGGACUUUUUGAUUAAUUUAUUCUCAGGUAUUUAGAUAUUUUUCAAAGAAAAUUAUUUUUUUUUUAUUUUACACUAUAUAUUUCAUUAAAUUCCUAAGUAUACCCAAUUUAUUUAGUUGGUUUAAUAGCUACGGUUAAUGUAAUAUUUUGGUAUAAUAGGAAAUAAAAGUAUUUUUUCACCUA